AAGCCGCCUUCCUGUGAUUUAUGGCUGGCGGCUGCAAGACAGGAUUCGUGGAAGAAAAAACGCUUAUCUUUCGAGACUUCAAACCAAUAUCAGAUUCCCUCCUCCCCAGCGUGAAGAGAGACGAGCCACACAUCAAUGACACCCGUACGCAAGGUGAUGCAUGCACGUGCGGCGAUGAGAAACACCUUGGAACUGCACGCGCAAGUGUGAUGGAGGUGUGUGAGUCUGUCAGCACCAUGCUUCCGUACACAUGCACACAUGUCAGCAUGCAGGUGCCGGCACUCACCUCGUGCUGGGGUAGGCUUGUGGCCUGCCAGCCUGCAGGUGAUGCCAGUGAUGCUGGAGAAGAAGAGAAAGACCUGAACUAGAAG